CCGAGGAUCAGGAAGUAAAGUUGGUGCUUCGUCGGCGCCGGAGAAGUUUCUCACCCCGAAGGAGCGGAGGGUGAACAGGUGUCGUGAGCCAAGGGGAGCCUGACGCCGUCCGGGCCCCGCACUCCGAGGAGCCGCCGCGACGCCAGGUGAGAAUGUCAUCUUUGACUCACCGAGGCCGGCGGCGAGCUGAGGUUGGCAAGAACUCUGAAAAGAAGUUGGAAGGUGAGGAAGACUCCAACCAAGAAAGAGGUCUGGAUAAUGAUGACUCCGGGGACUCGAAGGAUAUUCGCCUCAACCUUAUGGAAGAGGUGUUGCUCCUGGGCCUGAAGGAUAAGGAGGGUUAUACGUCCUUCUGGAAUGACUGCAUUUCUUCUGGGCUUCGAGGAGGCAUCCUGAUAGAAUUGGCCAUGCGAGGCCGGAUCCAUCUGGAACCCCCGACCAUACGAAAGAAGAGGCUACUUGACAGAAAGGUGUUGCUAAAGUCAGAUAGUCCGACUGGCGAUGUCUUACUGGAUGAAACACUCAAGCACAUCAAGGCCACAGAACCGGCAGAAACGGUUCAAACAUGGAUAGAGCUGCUCACUGGUGAAACAUGGAAUCCCUUCAAGCUGCAGUACCAGCUGAGGAAUGUGCGAGAACGGAUUGCCAAAAACCUGGUAGAGAAGGGUAUCCUGACCACUGAGAAGCAAAACUUCCUGCUCUUUGACAUGACCACCCACCCAGUGACCAACACAACAGAGAAACAGCGGCUGGUCAGAAAGCUUCAGGAGAGCGUUCUGGAGCGAUGGGUGAAUGACCCCCAGCGCAUGGACCGCAGAACCCUGGCACUCCUGGUACUGGCCCACUCCUCAGAUGUGCUGGAAAGUGUCUUCUCCACCCUGGCAGAUGACAGAUACGACGUAGCCAUGAAUAGAGCCAAGGACCUGGUAGAGCUUGACCCCGAGGUGGAAGGAACAAAGCACAGCGCCACGGAGAUGAUCUGGGCCGUGUUGGCAGCCUUCAAUAAAUCCUAAAGCCGGCAGGCGGGUUCCUCCUUUCCCCCUGCUGCUGCUGCUGACCACCAGAAGCCACAUCACUCCAUCCGUGGGAUGAGGUGUUUAGGAGUUGGUUGAUUUUCAUCUAUUUUUUCCUUCUCUUGGACCAAAUUCUUGGUGAGUAAGCGAGCAACCUCAGGGCAUUGCCACAGGCCUUGACAUGAUAAAUGAAGACUUGCCACUUUUCCCAACACUUCUUAGCCCGCGGAGGAGAAGUUGGGGCUCAGCGCCCUGCUCUCCUUUUUUUUUGGCUCGCCCCCAUGGCUUACGCAGAUGUGACCAAGGUGGGGUCUGGAUGCUUCGGCCACAGUGUCAGGCAGAAGUAGCAGAGCAAGCUCUUCAUUUUUCUAAAAAAUUUGUCCCAUCUUAAAUAUAUAGCUCACUCAAGUCCUUUGUCUCUUGGACUCUCUCAGUGUACUGUAGUUUAUUAAAGCAGCAUCCUCCUUGGGUGAAGGGCAGAAAUCUAAACCAGUUUUUGAAGCACUUGAGAUGUGGUAUUUGUACAUCCCUGUCAUGCCAGCGUUCCCCCCCCACCAUCUUUCCAUUUCUAGCUUAAAGCAUGUCUAAAGCCUGCCAGCCUGGUCAUAAAUAUUUAGAGAUGAGAGAUAAAUUUUCAGACUCCCUCCUAUUCCACUCUUCCCCUGGUCAGAAAACCAAUUUAAAAAUUUAUCUCUUAACUACCUCCUGUAUGCAUUGCAGCAUUGGAAGCUGUGAUAGGGAAGGAACAAAAUUCCUACAGUACCACAAGAUUAUUUUGGUUUCCUCCUCCCUCCUGUGCCCUCCAGUCCUUUUCAUAUAUUUAUUUUGGCUUCAGCCAGUGAAUCUGGAACUGAAAUUGCUCUUGGAGUUCAGAGUAAGUAUCUAAGCUCUAGGUCUUUACUCCAUCAGGCUUCCUGACCAGAGGUGAGGAGUCCCCAAACUCCAUUUUAUUGUUAAGGUUAUGAGCCCCCUCCAGAUCACUCAUCUUCAAACCUCCUCCGUGUAAUUUGUAACAGAAAGGUCUCCCGUUUUCGACUCUGUAGAAGAGGCAGGAAGAACAUUUAUUGAGGGCGCCUCUUGGGGAUUAUGUAUCUUAAGAAAGGAAAUUUAGUAUUAGAAACCAGGAAUGAGUUCAGCUAAUGUUAGAAAUUGAGCCAUCCCUGCACACCCCUCCAUACCCCUCCAAUAAGCACUGCCUCUUGACUAUGGCUAAAACACAGUCUGUCAAAGCCCAGGCCUCCUGGUAGUUCUGGAAUGGACCUCUCCAGAGGGUUGUCAUGCAUGUUCAAAAGUAAGUGGAUGUUUCAGCAUAAUCUCUUUCCUUCUCCCUAACUUGGCCACAGUAAGCACAAAUAUUACCAAAUUAACAUGUCUUAGUUUUCCCUUAAUGACCUUUUGAUGACUAGAAGCAAAUUAUUGGUGAUAAUUAUGAAACUAGGCAGAAUUCCAGAUUUGCUUUUCUUGAGAUAGAAGCCAAAUCCCUCAUAACCCUCUUUGGCUUUGCUGUACUUGCAAUUUGAACAAUUCAUAUGCAUGAAAACCAGGUUGUCCUGUGGAAAGCAUCAGUUUAAAUGGUGCUAGAGGUCGUGUUAGUGUGGUUCUUUUCGGUCUUUGGUCAGUCAUUAUUUUUAAUACUUCUCUCUCGAAAAGACAGGGAGAGGCCAGGUAUGAAUCUGCAUUGUGUAUACUGCCAGUCAGCUUCCCUAUACUUGCAUAUGGCCAUCAUCUUUGUUCAAUAAAGUUUGUAUUCUUGGCUG